GAAGACAAAGGCUCCUUAAAUUGGCCUGGACAUUUUAUCGUGAAUUUGAUAAAGACAAAGAUUUGGUUGUACUCCGUAAGAGAUGAACUCCACAAACGCUACAAAAAGUGGGCUGGCAGAAAUUAUUUCAUCAUUCUCAAGAGAGCCAAUCUGUGGCUCAAAGCUUACUUUCAGCCUAGAAGUUUGCCUCAGUUCAACUGUGAUCAUGUCAAUGGUUGCCUCCGUGACUGUGGUAGGCAACUUUUUGCUUCUAUUGACUAUUUACCUUAAUUACGGACAUCUGUUUCGCACUCCUUCUACACUUUUGAUUGCGAACCUCGGCUUUUCGGAUUUGCUUGUUGGGUUGCUGGUUGGUUUUCCCGUCGCUGUUAGAGAUGCAUACCGUUAUUAUGGCACUGGUCAAAAAGAAAUCACGGAAAUCAUAGGACUGUUUAUAGGGCUGACGAUGUUUGUUAACGGUUCAUCUACAAUUGCAUUGUCGGUGGAUCGAUACAUUGCCGUGUCCGACCCGAUGAGAUAUCGAUUGAGAGUGACAAGGAAACGAAUUAAGAUCUCUGUCAUACUGCUUUGGAUUUCUUCAGCUUUAUUGUGUUGUUUACAAUUUACAGGUAUUGGCAAAAAAGUUUACGUCAAUAUUUAUUUGCACACCCAUGCCACAAUUCCCAUAUUUGUGCUGACGGCGGUCUGUAUCAAAAUGAUCCAAGCCCUUAAGCGUCAUCGACUAGAUAUGCAAAAUCAAAGAAAUUCGUCCUUUCAAAAAAGGCGAGAAAUGGAACGAGAGCGAAAAAUGGCGAAAACAGUUUUCAUAAUCUUAGCAUUAUUUUAUUUAACUUUACUUCCGGCGUACAUUACAUUGCACUUGAUGCAUUUGUACCGCGGCUCUAAUUUUGAACUAAGAUCAAUAUUUCGUCAAGUCGAUUUUAUAGCCACCAGGUUCUUAUUUGUAAAUUCUGCAAUCGAUCCAUUUGUUUACGCUUGGAGAAUCCCUAAGUAUCGCCAAGGGUUUAUGAAGAUUAUGUCUUUUGUGAAGCAUCGAACAAAAACUGAAACUAUAUCUGAGCGGAAUGAAGUUGUGGCUACUGAUGAAGAACUGGCGGUUCAAGACACUUAUUUGUAGAGCGACUUACUUUUGAACUUAACAAUAAUAUUAAUACUAGUAAUAAUUAAAAUGAUGAUAUUGAUAAAA